CGUUUUGACGAAUAUUGACAGCACGGCAGACAGACACGGACAGUGGCGCGGUCGUCGACGCAGCGUCUGCCAGACUAUUUUUAUUUUGAUUGUGAUCAUAUAACGAAUUGUCUUAAAUUAUUUAUAGAUUAUAAACGUUCGAUUGUGAUUAGUUCAGUAUCGAAAAACUUAUCGUGAUAAGUGAUAUACUGAUUUCGGUUCCGAUAUUUGGUGCUAACCUCUUUCUUUUUUUACUUGUGUUUUUGAGAACUGCAAGACGUGAUCGAUAUGUGCAAGAUGUAUUACAGAUGACUCUGCAUCACAUUUGACAUUGCGUUUAUUAUCUGAUGCGGUGGCGGUGGUGAUAUUGGCGGGAUGCAGGGCGGCGGCGCGCCCGCCACUGACGUCGAUCAGGCGCAGUUCGAGGCGGAUAAGCGCGCUGUGUACAAACAUCCCCUGUUUCCACUCCUGGCUCUUUUGCUUGAGAGAUGCGAGCAGGCAACUGCAGGGGCGGAGCCCCCAGCGGCCGACGCCUUCGGUGCCGACCUCCAGGCCUUCGUGCAACACCAGAGGAGGGACAGGAGACCUUUCCUCGUCGACGACCCGGAGAUCGAUGGUCUGAUGAUUAAGAGCAUUCAGGUUCUAAGGAUUCAUCUUCUAGAACUAGAAAAAGUCCAAGAGCUGUGUAGAGAUUUCUGCGGGAGAUACAUAGCGUGCUUGAAGACUAAAAUGCAGAGUGAGAAUUUACUUCGAACGGACUACAGUACUGGUGGAGUGGAGAGUAACAAUAACUUGUCCGGACCAAUGGAUGACCACUCGAGUACAUCAAACUCGCCGCAGUAUCAGUCGCCCGGCCCGCCGCCCGCCGCGCCCGCCUUCCCGCCCUUCCCCGUCGCCGACCUGCCCUACGCGCACCGGGAGCCCCCCGGUCUCGUGGUCCAAGGUUCGACUCCCAUCGGUCAAAUCGGAGCCGGGCUAAUAUCUACGGAUUCCUUUACGGGUACGAACUCCAACUCCUGUUCAUCGGUGUCAGGCUCCCCCCCGCCCCCGGGCGGUGAUGAUGAAGAGGAGGGGGGUAAACGAGGAGUGCUGCCAAGACACGCCACGCAAGUGAUGAGAGCUUGGUUGUUCCAGCAUCUUGUGCACCCCUACCCCACGGAGGAGGAGAAACGCUCGCUGGCCGCCCAGACGCGCCUCACGCUGCUGCAGGUCAACAACUGGUUCAUCAACGCGAGACGACGCAUCCUCCAGCCCAUGUUGGACUGCCAGGAUAAGCCGGGCGGAAAGAAGAGUAAAAACGGAUCGUCAAUAAGCAAAAGAUACUGGCCCGACGCUCUCACCAAUGCACAGUUUACUGCAGGCCUACUCUCAUCAUCAGAAGACGAGGAUCAGGAAGGUGAACAGUCUGGCGAUGAACAAGAGUCGCAGAGUGAAGAGCAGAGUGAGACUUACCCACCCAUACAGCAAAGUAUGCAUUGA